UCCAAACAUAGUGUAAUGGUUACUGGAAAAAUCCCCGCUUGCUGACAACUUCUUCAUCACUGAGUAGCUAAUGAGUGAUGACUGAGAGAAAGCCAUGGCGGCCACCGUCUCCCACCUCCCCGCCUUCCUCUCCCUCUUCUCUCAGAGGAAUCUCUUCCUCGUCGACCCCCAACACCAAUCCACUCUCAGAUUCACCGCCCAGCAACGCCGCCCAGAGCCGCGGUACUUCACGCUUCAAGCUUCUUCCGUCAAGAAGAAAACCAGUAGGAAGGUCAAGAGCAAUGCCGAGCUCUGCAAUGAACUCCGGCAGUUCCUCACUGCCGUCGGACUUCCAGAAUGUCACAUUCCGUCGUUGAAGGAGCUAUCGCAGCACGGAAGGGAUGACCUUGCAAACAUUGUCAGACGGAGAGGAUAUAAACUUUUAAGAGAGCUUCUUGCGGACUCAAGCAAAAAAGAUGCAAUUGGUAAGGCCGAUAAUGGGUUUGCUGGAAUUCAGGUUGCAAUUGAUGAUCGUAAGAAGAUAGUAACAGGUCAGGAUCCACAGUUGAAUGAUUCGGUUGAGGAUUUCUCUUCGUCAAGUGAAGUUUCAGUCUUGGAAACUAAUUCUGGUAGUUUGAUUUCUCAUCCUGAUCCGAGCCGUGAUGACAGUGGUUGUUUAACUGUGGAAUCUUCAGCUGAUUUGUAUAAUUUAGAAGGUCAUAGUGAGAAGGUGGAUAAUGUGAAUGGAAGUGGUUCUGUGCCAACCAAAUUUUCUGUAAUGGAAAACCAAUCAAGGAGUUCUAAAAUUGGUCCACCCUUCAACUCUGACAUUGAUAGUAAUAUGCCUUCAGAAAUUUCCACCCCUUCAUCCUUGGGUGAACCUGAUGAUGUAUCCCUGCCAACCACUGUUCACAUCAAAGAAACCAAUACUUGUAGUUCAAAUGUUGGAUUGGAUCUGAACUCUGAUGGAUGUCCUCGCAUGCCUGUAGAACCUGCUGAUGGUUUGUCAUUGGAUGAAAAGGUCUUAGAUAUAUGUCAGGAUGGGAAGGUUAACAGUAUGACUGAUGAAGAUUCCUCUUCAGCCGUAGUUUCCGGUUUGGAAGACCAUUCUAGUUCAAAUCUUGAAUCAAGUCACAACUCUGAUUACCAUUACCCGCCUUUAGAAUCUCCGCCCAAUUUAUCGUUAGAGGAAAAAGUGGCAAACUUUAUGCAGAAUGGAGACUUGGAUGCAGUUGAAGAUAAUGUCUAUGGCAUAGUAACUGAAAAUAAUGCUGAAGAAAUCAAAGGUGGAUUUGGAAACACUGAAGAGGUUCAAUUAAGAACUCCUACUUCGGGGCACUCUAAAAAUGUGCUUGAUGGAAGGGAUGCAACUAUGGCAUUGAAUCAAAGGACAUCAACAUCUACUAUGGCAGUUGAUCCCUCUCUUAGUAGGGAUGAUGGUACACCAGCUGAAGGGCUAAGUUCUCUAUAUGACAAGGAUUUGGAUGUUAAGACAAAUGAAAGAGACUAUGAACUCGAUGUUAGUCAUCUCAAGUUUAUGCUGCAUCAGAAGGAGAUUGAAUUGUCACAGUUGAAAGAACAGAUUAAGAAAGAACAGCUUGCUUUGUCAAACUUGCAAACCAAGGCUGAAAUGGCAAUCAGCAAAGCACAAAAGCUUGUCUCUGAAAAAGAUGCAGAGUUACUUGCUGCUGAAGAAAACCUUUCAGGAUUAGUGGAGGUUGAGAUCCAGUACGAGGGUGAUGGCGAGAUUGUGGAGGUGACUGGUAGCUUCAAUGGUUGGCAUCAUCAGAUUAAAAUGGAUCUGGAGUCAUCAUCUAGUAUCAUAGAACCCUUGAGGAAACCCAAACUUUGGUCAACAAUGCUGUGGCUUUAUCCAGGGACAUAUGAGAUAAAAUUCAUUGUUGAUGGCCAAUGGAAGAUUGAUCCUCAAAGAGAGUCGGUUACCAGGGGUACCAUAUGUAACAACAUUCUCCGCGUUGACAGAUGAAUUGGCUCUGGCUGGGAGGUCACUUUCUGCCUUUAACCGUGACAAGGAGCCAAAUUAUCUACUAUUUAUUUGGCCUGCUGUUUAGGUAAAGAGGCAAAAGUGAAGUUGAAGCAGCCUAAGCCUAUGCCAUCGGAACAAGAAAGUGAAUUGAAGACAAGACAGGCAGGCAAAGUCAAGGAUCUAUAUGGUCUUAUUCCGCGCAAUGUAUAUAUCUGCUACUCGCCAUGUCUUUCAAUUCCUAAUUUUUUCUUUUUCCUGGUAGGAUUGUCUUGAUAAUCCUUUUCAAGAGAUUCUCUGUUCUUUAUGAUAUUAGUUGGCUUAAAGUAAAUAAUUAGAAAAUUAGUUUCAGAGUA